AUGACCGCUGUCCGGCUACGACAAUUUGUUGACCGCCACCCAGUGAUCCCACCCAGCCCAUUCAUUGCUCAUCAAGGCAAGGACCUCCUCGGCUACCUCCCUGGGCAGCUGGCACGAAUCCAUGUUGAUUCCAGUGUAAGGAGCUCUCCCAGAUCUCUCAUAGACUUGGCCAUGCCACCAGAGGAGAAACGUCAAUGCCAGCCUCAGCUAGACCAACAAACUCUCAUCCGAUAUAUUUGUUUUCAAAGACACUCCAAGCCUGACGAAGCAUGGUACAAAGAAACCACGUACCAAAAACACUAUUCGCUGCCAUUUUACGUGCUUGAUUGGGACCAGAAAUUAGGCACAAUUUCCUCGAAUCCUCGACCAAUCAAUUCACUACCGGAGUUCUGCUGUUGUGAAGAGAGGUGGUGCUGA